UCCCCUCCCUGUGUCACUGUGUGCGUGUGUCCACGUCCCCUGCCGCUGCCGGAUCGGCGGAUCGGAUCCUCCUCCACCACCACCCCACCAGCCACUGCCCCCAACCCAACCCUAGCCCCAUUCGUUCCGCCCGAUCUCGAUCGUGGUCGGCGGCCCCUCUUCUCCCCUUUCACCGCCGGGGCGCCGCCAUCACCGCCGCGCCCACCCGCACCCUUCUCGCUCACUCUCCCUCCUUUCUUGGUCUUCCUUUCCUGGCGGCGACGACUGGGCCCUUUGCCGGCGACGAGCCCCCACCAGGAGUGAAGCUAAUAUGGCUGCCUUGCCAUUGGCCACCGCUGAAGUAUGCGAUGCUAAUCCUCAUUUGAUUAUGAAUGGCGAGCUUCGUGCUCUCCAUCCCAUCUUCCAAAUCUACGGAAGGCGCCAAGUUUUUGCUGGUCCUAUUGUGACACUGAAGGUCUAUGAGGACAAUGUUCUGAUCCGUGAGUUCCUUGAGGAGAAAGGCCACGGCAGGGUCCUUGUAGUUGAUGGUGGUGGGAGCAUGCGCUGUGCCAUACUGGGUGGCAACCCUGUCCAGCAGGCACAGAACAAUGGGUGGGCCGGCAUUGUGGUGAACGGCUGCAUCAGGGAUGUUGAUGAGAUUAAUGGCUGCGACAUUGGUGUCCGAGCUCUCAACUCCCACCCCAUGAAGGCAAACAAGAAGGGCAUUGGUGAGAAGCAUGUCCCCGUGACCAUUGCGGGAACUAGGAUUUGCGACGGGGAGUGGCUCUAUGCUGAUACGGACGGCAUUCUUGUCUCGAGGACGGAAUUGACUGUGUAGAUCCAUUCCCCCUUUGCACGUGUGUAUAAGAAUUGGGCGCAUAAAGCAGGGCUGCUCCUGACCUUGCUUGCCCUCUUGGUGUUAUGUCUGAACUUGUAAUAAUGGAUUGUUGUUGGAUCGUACGGUUACCUGGAAUAAUUGGAUGUUACAGAUUGUUGUUGAUAAAUUUUUGUUGAUUAUGAAAAUAGCAACUCUUAUUCUGGUGAA